GUGGCCCUGAGCCCUACAUUGAAAUAUUUGAACAGCCCAGGCAAAGGGGCAUGCGUUUCAGAUAUAAAUGUGAGGGAAGAUCAGCAGGCAGCAUUCCAGGAGAACACAGUACUGAGAACAAUAAGACAUUCCCUUCCAUACAGAUUCUGAACUAUUUUGGAAAAGUCAAAAUAAGAACUACAUUGGUAACGAAGAAUGAACCGUACAAGCCACACCCUCAUGAUCUGGUUGGAAAAGACUGCAGAGAUGGCUACUACGAAGCAGAGUUUGGGCCAGAACGGCGAGUCCUGUCUUUUCAGAAUCUGGGCAUUCAGUGUGUGAAGAAGAAAGACCUGAAGGAAUCGAUUUCUUUACGCAUCUCAAGGAAGAUUAACCCUUUCAAUGUGCCUGAAGAACAGCUGCACAACAUCGAUGAGUAUGAUCUCAAUGUCGUCCGCCUCUGCUUCCAAGCUUUCCUCCCAGAUGAACAUGGCAACUACACGUUAGCUCUUCCUCCUUUGAUUUCCAACCCCAUCUAUGACAACA